AAAAUAAAUAAGAAUUCGCACAUGAUCCUCCGAGAGUGCACUUCCCCUUUCUUAUGAUGGGUUGGAACCCACCCUUAUCACCCUGUUAUAAAAAAAAAAUAAUAAUAAAUAAAUAAAUAAGAGUUCUUUUUUAAUUGCAUUGUUCUACUCAAUUAACACUGUCGUCGUUCUUUUCUUUCUUUGGGCCGUUUCUAUUUCUUAUCUCUAUUAUUUAUUUUUUUAUUUUUUUAUUUCCUUGAAAGGUUGAACAAAAGAAACUGAGAGCUUCAAAGCCAUGCAUUUGAGUCCUAAGAAGGGAAUCCAGAGGAAGAAAGCCACCCCGCCACCGGAACAUCUGCUUGUAAAAGGGAUGGAUCUUCUUCCAUAGGAAGUUACCAUCCAUAUUCUAUCGAGAUUAACCAUGGAUACCGAAGAGGAAAGACAGAAGAAAAGAGUCAAACUUGCAGAUGAUCCUUCCAACAGAGAGAUGGUCCAGAGAGAUCUUCAUGAUCUCCCACUGGAUAUGCUGCUCGAAAUCCUAUCAAGACUCCCGAUCACCUCUCUGAUCCACUUCAAGACCACUUCCCAUGCCGGCUUUGAUUUAAUCGCCGAUCCAGGACUCCCUUUGAUGUUCCGCAACCGGGUAAGCGACUCAAACCCAUGUCUGAUUCUGUUCGACUACAAUUUCCGUGUCCCCAGGCGACUCUAUUUUGUGGGUAGUGAGGAUUGUAGUAGAAGGGUUAGGAAAAUCGACCCACCACGGCGUUUAAAAGUUGAUAAUCUGGUGGGUUCUUGUAACGGGUUGUUAUGCUUAUCCAUUCCCAUAAUCGGUAGUUAUUCGGAGUCUCACUCUCUGCUAAUUUACAAUCCCUUUGUUGGAAACGCUGUGAGAGUCCCACCAGCGAAGCGAUUUCUGAAUCAAAUUGAAGUUUUUGGAUUUGGGUUUCAUCCGAGGACAGGAGAAUUCAAAGUGGUCAGGAUUGUGUGUUACGAGAAGAUCAUGACGGUAGUAGACCCGGCGCUAGAUGUGGAAGAAGUGGAUGGUGAAUCGGAUGUUGAAUCAAUGGUUCAGGUGUUUACCGUAGGAAAAACAAAGUGGAGAGACAAAGGAGCUCCGCCUCCGCAAUUGACGGAUGAAAUUGGACCACCUGAGGCUCUAGUUGAAGGAUCUCUCCAUUGGGUGACUGAUGUUGGGAUGGAAGGAGACGGUACUAUCUUUGGUAUUAUCUCCUUCGAGCUUGCAGAUGAGGUGUUUGAUGAAAUUCCGCGCCCACCUUGUCAACGAUUUGUGUCAAGUGGCUACAGUCUUUCCGUGCUUAAUGGAUGCCUAUCGGCAGCUGGGUUGGUUGAUGAUACUUUGCAUUUUGAUAUCUGGGUGAUGAAGCAAUACCGCGUUGAGGAAUCUUGGGUAAAACAAUUCUCCUUUGAUCCCUGUUUUCGACCUGGAUGGCCAAACUUUUUCACAGUUAUAUGUGCACUGAAGAAUGGUGAGAUUCUGUUGCAGAAUGAUGACGGUUCUCUGGUUUCUUAUGAUCCUGUGGAAAACAGAAUCAAGACUCUUCAAAUAAGUGGGUUACCCAAUUGGUUCCAGGCACUUCCUUUUCUACCUUCUCUUUUCUCAGCAAAGGCAACCAUGAAUUUGCAACUUUAACUCUCUCUCUUGAAUCAACCCUUUUUCUGUAAGACUCUACUACUAGUUUUUAGUUUGUGUUGAAUCUUUGAUCAUCAAUGCAUCAGUAAUAGUUGUGUUAUUUACAUCAUCAUGGGUGACCUCUGUUGUAUGGCAUGAGAUCCAGCUGACAAUUAUCUGCCUUUUUCUCAAAAAGCAGUUUUGAAGAACAGGGAGAUUGUGUUGGAGUGUAACAAGUCUCAUAAUGCUCCUCUUGGAAUGGUAAUUGAAGAUUUUGCUUCGAGCUGGGUGGGAAGAUUCGUAAAGUUUUAUGUGUCCUGAAGAACGGAAAGAUUGUGUUGGAGUUUAACAAAAAAAAGCUCUGGUUUCUUAUGAUCCCAAAACUAACAGGUUCAAGGCUCUAAAGAUCAACCGGCUCCCGUAGUAGAUCCAAGCUUUUGCUUUCCAGCAUACUUUAUUCUCAGUGAAGGAAACCUUUGAAAUAAUCUUCACAACUGUUCUUUAGUAUACGGAUAUAUAAUUUCCUCUGCUUUAGUCAGGCUUCCAUUGUUUAUAUAAUGAUUAAUUGAUCAUGUUUUGUAGUUACUUGAAGUUGUGACUCACUCACACCUAACUGAAUACUGAGAGGUUUCACUCUAUAAUUUUGUUCUUAAGAAAUUGACGAAUUGAUG